AUGAGUGUGCGAAACCUCACUAACAACCGUGAUAUCCAUAAUGAAAACAGUAUUGCCGAAAGUGAACACUCCUUUUAUUCGUCAAAUGAGCAAUCAAGGCAGAAUUCAUCCUCAGAGCCUGCUAUUGAUCAACACAUUAGAGGUAGCAGAAACCCUUUUCUUGGAAGUGAGGAGUUCAAUGAUGAUUAUAUUAUACCCAGUAAAGACGAUGAGCGGCAAGAGGCUAAUGAAUACUCCAGUUCUUCAUCAGUAAACUAUAAUAAUGAUCCAAAUAGUGAUACUUCUCUCCUCAUCAAUGAAAAAAACUCACCUGAACGAAAUGGUCGAAGGAUGUCUGACUAUAAAGGCUAUUAUGCCAAGAAUAAUUUAACCUCCACUAAUAAUUUUAACAAUUAUAAUAACAAUGAAUAUAACAACAAUAUUAUAAGCGGUAGUAACGAUAAUAGUUUUGCAUCACAUUUACAACCACCGGACAAAAACUUACCGUCUCAUCCCUCUUCAAACAAUAUGAGUACCUUUUCCAAUAAUAGCCUAAUUAAGUCUCCACCGCCUUUUGACCGGUAUCCAUUAGUAGGAACAAGGCAUAUUUCAAUGGCGCAGUCUCAAUCACAAAACCUUAUAAAUGAAAAGAAAAGAGCGAACAUGACUGGUUCUUCCUCUUCGGCUCAUGAUUCUUCAUUAUCAUCUACCAAUCUAUACAUGAGUGAACAGGAUUUUUCACCUUUUGGCGGUUAUCCAGCCUCAUUCUUUCCGUUAACUUUAGACGAAAAGGAAGACGACGACUACAUUCAUAACCCAAAUGCUGAGGAAGAAGCAAAGUUAGAUAAGAGGAGGUUUGUUGAAGAUUUUAAACACAUGGAUAGAAGAUCUUUCCUUGGUCUUUUGGGUAUCCUAAUUUUAUUCAUGGCUGGUAUAUUUAUUUUCAUUGUUUUACCUGCCAUUACAUUUUCUGGGGUAGUCUAUCACCAUGAACAUACCCAUACAGGAAACUCUGCAGGAUUUUCGCAUUCAAAUACUACGUCCAAGUUAUUGACUGAGUAUCAAUAUCCUCAGCUUGCAGCUAUUAGGACAGCUUUAGUUGAUCCAGAUACGCCCGACAGUGCCAAGACAAGGGAAGCAAAAGACGGAUCUAAAUGGGAAUUGGUAUUUUCUGACGAAUUUAAUGCCGAAGGUAGAACAUUCUAUGAUGGUGAUGACCAAUUCUGGACAGCUCCUGAUAUUCACUACGAUGCUACAAAGGAUCUUGAAUGGUAUUCUCCUGACGCAGUCACAACCACUAAUGGUACCUUGAAGCUAAGGAUGGAUGCGUUUAAAAACCACGACCUUUACUACAGAUCUGGUAUGGUGCAGAGUUGGAAUAAGCUCUGCUUUACAGAAGGUGCUUUAGAAGUUUCCGCGAAUCUGCCCAAUUAUGGUCGCGUUACAGGGCUAUGGCCUGGUAUGUGGACCAUGGGUAACUUGGGUAGACCAGGUUAUUUAGCCAGUACUCAAGGUGUGUGGCCUUAUUCGUAUGAAUCGUGUGAUGCAGGUAUAACACCAAACCAAAGUUCUCCAGAUGGUCUUUCUUAUUUGCCGGGUCAAAAGUUGAGUGUUUGUACCUGUGAUAGUGAAGAUCAUCCUAAUCAAGGAGUUGGGAGAGGUGCACCAGAAAUAGAUAUUUUAGAAGGUGAGGCUGAUACGAUAUUAGGUGUUGGUGUGGCCUCUCAAUCUCUACAAAUUGCUCCAUUUGAUAUAUGGUAUAUGCCUGAUUAUGACUUCAUCGAAGUUUAUAAUUUCACCACAACAACAAUGAAUACAUAUGCUGGUGGUCCUUUUCAACAAGCUAUCUCGGCAAUUUCUACUCUAAAUAUUACUUGGUAUCAAUUUGGGGAAGAAGCCGGUUAUUUCCAAAAGUAUGCCAUUGAAUAUCUCAAUGAUGACGAUGAUGGAUAUAUUCGCUGGUUUGUAGGAGAAACACCUACUUUUACACUUUAUGCUACUUCUUUGCAUCCCAAUGGUAAUAUUGACUGGAGAAGAAUAAGUAAAGAGCCGAUGUCAGCCAUCUUAAAUUUAGGUAUCUCGAACAAUUGGGCUUAUAUUGACUGGCAAUAUAUAUUUUUCCCGGUGACAAUGUCAAUAGAUUAUGUCAGGUUAUACCAGCCGAAGGGUUCUACAUCAAUUACUUGUGACCCAGACGAUUAUCCGACAUAUGAUUACAUUCAAAGCCACUUAAAUGCUUAUUAUAACGCUAAUUUAACAAGUUGGGAGCAAGCUGGGUACACUUUUCCAAAGAAUAUCCUAACAGGAAGUUGUAGUAGUUCAAAAUUCUCACUAUCCUGA